AUGAAUUUUCGUUCAAGUUUGGAGCAAAAAGCUGAACAAUCCAAGAAAGGUCCGGAGCUGCCAACUGUGGAAAGCCAUGAGGAUCGCUAUCCAAUAUAUCCAGAAAAAGAAUUUUGUGAUAUAAGGAAGCAAACAGGGGACCGUUUCGAAAAAUCAGCAGUGAACUAUCCCGUCCAAAAAUACUAUGUCGGCACACAGAAUCGGAUGUUAAAUGGGCGUCCUAUUGCCAAUUGUCUGUUUUCUAACUCAGUCGAGGAAAGCGAACCUACCUCAGACAGACAGCGAAGUGCUUCUAGUCCCAGGAAUGCUGAGAAGAAAACUGUCACCAUGUCAAGGAAUGAUCACACCAGUCAAAAACAUUAUUCUGAAAGACCUUUGCGUCCUAAAGAGGGCAUUAACGAGAUUAAGAAUCGUCUUAAUACUGUGCUUCGCUUUCCAAAAAAAACUGUGAAAAGUGAGGAAUCAAGUCAAAAUCCUGAGUACAGUGCAUGCAGACCAGUCGAUGUGCAACAGUAUUCCAGAAUCGUGAAACCGCAUCCGCCAGAAUCCCUAGAAUCUGACUGCUUGCAGUUUCAGCAAUCAAAAUCUAUACGUACCAAUCCGGCAGUUUAUUCAAUACCCAUUAAGCAGCAACAUAUCCGCGCGACAUCAGCACCUAGAAGACCUACGCAUCCGGAAACACAGCCGACCACCAACGUUUUUAUGAAUCCGGUUUAUGCUCGUGUUGACGCUUCAGACUGUAAACCAAGUGGAUAUCUGCGGCCAAUGAUACCGGUGCCACGAUGGCAUGCACCAACUAUGAGCAAUCCUUCCUGGGGGCAAAACCCAGUAAACCCGCCUGUCCGCUUGCCCGUUUUGCAGCGUGUUGUGUUUCCAGCUGUCCAGAACAAUCAACGCUCAAAAAAAGCUCUCAGGAGAUUCAUUUGGUAA